AUGGAGGAGGGGGGCACAGAGCGGGCCCUGGAAGCGUUGGCCCGAGCACUGGCGGACCUGGCAGCCCUGCUCCAGGGCCCGGGUGAGCAGCAGCUCGCAGCGCUGGAAGCGCUGGUGGCGCAGCCGGCGGGCUGGGAGGCAGAGGCUGCGGGCCGCCAAGCGACGGCUCCCGAGGCGGCGGGACCCGUGGCACGACCCACCCCGCCACGCCUGAGAUAUCUUAAACGCCACAUAACCAUGCACACGGGCAAGAAACCCUACAUCUGCAAAACAUGUGGAAAAAGUUACAGGCUACGUUCAAACCUGAUGGAUCACUCGAGGACCCACACCGGUGAUAAGCCAUACCUGUGCAACACCUGCAACAAAACCUUUACUAGAUCAUCAUAUCUUAAACGCCACAUAACCAUGCACACGGGCAAGAAACCCUACAUCUGCAAAACAUGUGGAAAAAGUUACAGGCUACGUUCAAACCUGGUGGAUCACUCGAGGACCCACACCGGUGAUAAGCCGUACCUGUGCAACACCUGUGGAAAAACCUUUACUCAAUCAUCACAUCUUAAAAGCCACAUAAUCACGCACACGGGCGAGAAGCCCUACAUCUGCAAAACAUGUGGAAAAAAUUACAGGCAAAAUUCCAACCUGGUGAUUCACUCGAGGAUCCACACCGGCGAAAGGCCGUACCUGUGCAACACCUGUGGAAAAACCUUUACUAAAUCAUCAGUUCUUAAACAGCACAUAACCACACACACGAGGCGAGAAGUGAUAUUAGUGCAAGACGUUUCUACUGAGGAAAUGCCUCCAGAAGAUUCUGGUGUUACAAAGUCUUCCUCCACAAUUGAAGAUUUGGAACAGGGGCAAGUGAAAUACUCGCUCUGUAGAGCCCUGCAGUAA